CCAUGAACUGAGUAAAUGAAGAAAAUACCAAAGAAAAUAGUUAUUACAAAAAUAUUGGCAGCCAUGUUGUUUAUUAUAGCAAUGGGUCACGUGACAGUCACAUGACUAGUGGGCGAUAAUGAAAAAAGAAAAAAGAAGAAAAAUUUGAUACAUCAUUGGUACACAUACAAUUUACAAAAUGGGCUGCCAAAAAUGCACGACUAGGAUAGCGUCUUGUUUUCGCUCCAUAACUGUCGAACCAGUUCUUUUCCUAUAUAUGCUGGCGCAAUUCACCCAAUUUUCAGUUUUCCAGCAAUUUCUUUAUCGGAAAACAUGCUUUGAUAAAUACAAAGAUAUCGGCAUAUGUACAAACCUAACAAAUCCUGAAUACAAGGAACAAGAGAAAUACACACAGACUGAAGCUUCGCAUUGGAUUUUUUAUGGGACGCUAUGUCUUACGAUUCCUUCGUUGAUUUCUGCAUCAUUUAUAGGCUCAUGGGCAGAUAGAUUCAGUCGCAAACUGCCAAUAUUACUGCCUAUCAUUGGCGCAUGUCUAUCGUCACUGAAUUACAUCAUACUAUCUGUGCAUAUGGAAACUGUACCGUUACCUCUUGUUUUAGUCAGCAGUACGAUAAAUGGAAUUAUGGGAGGAUUUGUUACUGCGAUAAUGUCGGUUUUCAGCUAUGUUGGUUUCAUCGCCGACCCAAGAACAAGGACAAUACGCAUCGGCAUCUUAGAAUCUAUGACAUUCAUGGGUUCCACUCUUGGUGUAUUAGUGAGUGGAAUAAUGCUAGAAAACACCAGCUUUACAUUUGUGUUCUCCUUCUUGCUUGUAUCCCAAGUUCUAGCCUGUAUCUAUACAUUAAUAUUCGUCAAGGAUAUAAAACCCACGGAGGACCAAAGACAAGGAAAAAACUACUGUAGUUUUCUAUUCAGCCUUUCUCACCUAAAGUCAUCUGUGAUGUGUGUAUUCAAGCCCAGAGAGAGACAAAGGAGAUUACAUUUGCUUCUGACACUGUUAGCAGUAUUUUUCACAUUGAUUGUGAGCAUAGGAUUUGAAGAGAUUGCCCUACUCUACACAAAACAUCCACCAUUGAGUUGGCGUGGUAUCAAAUUAUACGGCUACUUCAAGGCUCUGAUGAACGGGCUUCAGGGGCUGGCGCUUAUUGCCAUAUUACCGAUCGCUAAGAAAUGUACGGACAUACAUGACACAUCUGUCAUAUUAUUUGGUGCUCUGUCAAAGAUUGGAGGACUGGUGCUUUUUGGGUUUUCGAAAUAUACAUGGAUGGUCUUCCUAGUUGCCCCGCUGGCAAUGUUCCAGAGUUUCACUGUAGCUGGUAUGAGAGCAUUGAUGUCAAAACUAGUUGAACCUAAUGAACAAGGUAAGAUGUUUGCAAUAGUUGGCAUUGGUGAGAGUCUGUGUACGUUGCUAGGGUCAACCAUAUUCAACAACCUCUAUCCAGCCACACUGAAGUUCUACCCAGGCUUCAGCUUCUUUGCAGCAGCUGGUAUGAUGUUGAUACCUAUUAUAUUAAUUGUGUGGGUGCGACAGGAUAUGAAAUCGCAGGCACAAUAUGAGAGUUUACAAGUGGCAGGUGGGAUAUGCCCUGACCCCCUCCCCAAUGAUACUGAACUUACAGAUUCCUCAGAAGUCCUCGAUUCACUAUCACCUGAUCAAACCUGAACUGCAGAGUCCUCCAACUGAUUCUGGUCCAGAGGUUGAUGAAGUAGCCAUGGGAGAAGGAGACCAAUUCCCCACUUCACAGAAAAGCUCUACAUUGCAGUUUGAGAAAUACUGAAGUGUCAAUUUUAUUGGAGCCAUAGAUCCUAGUCUGAGAGACAGCAAAUAGCCUAUAUGAAUACUACCUAGCCUUCAAGUGACUAUUUUGUCGGAAUUUGAGAAAAAUGUGCCAAGAUUGGAAAAGAUUCCAAAAAUACUGUUUUAGUCAUCCCCUAAAAUUACAUUUACAAAUAUAUUGAUAAUAGAAUAGAAAUAGUACUUGAGUAUAAGAUGUGCAUAUAUUAUAAAAGCCAUGCCUGUUUGUAUAUACUAAGUUGUACAUGUUAUGUAUAGCAGCCUGAGAGGUCAACUUGCCUGAGGUCAUUAUGUCAAGUCAAUAUACAAUAUACAUGUAAAGUAAAACCUGUCUAAUCCAAACGCCAUUGGGACCAGCUUAAAGCGUUCAGAUUAGGAGAUGUUCACAUUUCGAGAUUUU